CACUUGAAAAAUUUACGGGCUUCGAUUGAACUUUACGUGUUAGCAGUUGCCGAGAGUAGAUCUUGCACAAUGACCAGUUGCCUAGGGUAGGGCUUGCACUAGAGUUCUGUGGGGAUAGUUUAGUUCCCUAUAUUAAAUUGAACAGUGGCAAUCGUUUUAUGGGUAUCAUGUCUUUCAUAUGAUUCAUCAGGUCGCGCACUUUCACUGUUAACGGGAUAUCAACUUGUAUUUGGAACUAGCACUCUGAAAAUAUUACUCGACGGAAUGCCAAUUGUCAGAGCUCUAUUCGUUUCCAUUCUCACCUGGUGUUAAUUUUGCUUGUUGUGUCAUGUUUUUUUUAACUCUACAUUUUGUUAAUCUAGUUGCAAAACCUUUGUGAAGCAGCUCUGGUUCUCACUUUUAUUUGUAAUUCGAAUGAUUUAACCUUGGAUGUUGCAGCGCAAUCGCAUGUGCAUAUCAAUGGAGUUAGUCACAGCAGUAUUGGGGGACCAUGGACAACGCCCGCAAGAUGAUUAUGCGGUCGUGACUGCAGUCACGGAGUUGGGAAAUGGAAAACCAAAGUUCUAUUCAACUCCCGAUGUAAUUGCUUUUUGCAGGGAAUGGAGACUACCAACAAAUCAUGUAUGGCUGUUCUCAACAAGGAAAUCAGUGACUUCCUUCUUUCUUGUGUUUGAUGCACUCUGCGAGGAAGGCACAGCAACACCCGUUUGCCAGGCUCUUGAAGAAGUUGCUGAUAUUUCUGUACCUGGUAUUAUCUUGUACUUGUGUUGGUGGGAGGUAGCAGAUUUUUAAUGGCGUAAUAGUUGAGGUGUUGCUGUUCGGACACUAUCACUAUCGGAAAAAGAAAGUUUACUGAAUAGAUCAAGAUUGUCCUACUUUCAA